UCUGCCUGGCCUCCCAGCGACUGUACUGAAGUCCUGUAUAUGUAAAAUCUAGCCUUGGUUGUUUUUAUUGAGUGGCGAGUUGCAACUCGCAAGCUUUGCUAAAGGUUUAACAGGUAUGCAAGAUAUUCCCUUUGUAAUGCUAACCUCUGUUCACACAAGUAUAUCUAAACUCAUCAUGCUCAAAGUUCAAACUAUUACUGUAGGUAAAUGAUUACGGGGGAACAUAUCAUAGCCAACAGUCAGUUACCAACAUCAUGCUGGAUUUGCCGUCAUGAAAGCUGGACAAUGUAUUAUUUUAGUGCUUUUUGCACUGUGCGUCGUACCUACGGUAAACUGUGGGAAUAUCUUGGUCUGGCACACUGAAGGAAGUCACUGGAUCAACAUGAAACCUGUGCUGGACACAUUGAUUGAGAGAGGCCACAGAGUCACCAUGCUGUUUCAGAAUUGCUCGAUGUUCAUCGACCCCAAGGAGCAUGCACAGUACAACUACUAUCUGUUUAAUGUAUCCAUCCCCAUGUCUGAAAUGAUGGAGUUUUUUGAUGAAUGGAUGCACUUUUCUUUGUAUGAGCUUGACCAUUUCAGUUAUGUGAGGAUUUACUGGAGACUUCACCAAAUUCUAAGCAAAGACACUGAACUUGGCCUCAGAAUUUGUGAUGGCAUCCUGCGAUCAGACACCCUUAUGGAGAAACUGAAGCAGGACAAAUACGACCUUCUAUUUGCAGAUCCUAUCUAUCCCUGCAGCGAGCUACUGGCUGAGAUUCUGGACAUCCCCUUUGUGUACUCACUGCGUUUCUCGGUGGCCGACUCCAUGGAGAGACUCUGUGGACAGCUGCCUGCUCCACCAUCAUAUGUUCCCGGCACUAUGGUCAAACUGACUGACCAGAUGAGCUUCACUGAAAGACUCAUCAAUGUAGCGUUCUAUCUUGCACAGGAUGCUAUAUAUUACAGUGUAUGGAGGAAGUAUGAUGAGUAUUACAGUGAGAUUUUGGGCAAGCCCACCUCUUUCUGUGAGCUAAUGGGCAAAGCUGACCUCUGGUUGAUGCGGACAUAUUGGGACUUUAACUAUCCCCACCCCAUCCUUCCUAACUUCAAAUAUGUUGGAGGAAUUCACUGCAAACCUGCUAAACCCCUACCAAAGGACAUGGAAGAGUUUGUUCAGAGCUCUGGGGGUAAUGGCAUUGUGGUGUUCACUUUGGGAUCAAUGAUCGCCAACCUCACCAAAGAGAAGAGCAACAUCAUUGCCUCUGCCUUGGGGCAAAUCCCUCAAAAGGUGUUGUGGAGGUACAAAGGGGAGAGGCCAGAGACUCUUGCUCCAAACACCAGACUGAAUGAAUGGAUUCCACAGAACGACCUGCUGGGGCACCCCAAAACCAGGGCUUUCGUCACCCAUGGUGGGACCAAUGGGUUGUAUGAGGCCAUAUAUCAUGGUGUUCCCAUGGUGGGCAUUCCACUGUUUGGUGACCAACCAGACAACAUGGUGCACAUGAAAGCCAAAGGAGCCGCUGUCAUCAUGGACUACAACACUAUGCAGACCAAAGACCUUGUGGACGGACUGAAGAGUGUCAUCAAUGAUCCAUCGUAUAAGGCGAGUGCCAUGAAUCUGUCCAAAAUUCACCAUGACAGACCAGAGUCUCCAAGAGAUGAGGCCGUGUUUUGGAUAGAACAUGUGAUGCGCAACAAGGGGGCCAAGCACCUAAGAGUAGAAGCCCAUAACCUCACUUGGUACCAGUACCACUCUCUUGAUGUGUUUGCGUUUCUGACUGGGAUAGUUCUACUGGUCCUCUUCACAGUUUUCAAAGCUUGCAAGUUUUGCUUUAGAAUGUGCUGUUUGAAAUCAAGCCGAAAAAACAAACAAGAGUGAGUGAUAGUUGCGCUGAAUUUGUAUAUCUCUUUUGUAUGUCUAAAACCUAAUCUUAUUCCUUUCUUCAGACUUUCAACCAUUUUUACCCUUCUGCAUGUUCAAGAAUUUUAAUUGUUGCUUGUUUGUGAUGACCAAAUUCUUGUCUGUGUAAUGCAUACAGAUUGUGCUUUACUCUUUAAAAUGAUUAUCUUUGUCUCGUGGCAAAUUUAUGAAGGAUACACCAUAUGAGGUUAAGGUUGGGCAAACUGAGGCUUCCCUUGUACAGACAGGUCGAGUGGUCCCUAUUCUAUUCCCCUUCCCCUGAUGCGGUGUGUUCCGGGUGGGAUACCAGGAACCACAGGUGUCACUGAUGCACCGGCCGCUGUGAAAGGUUCAAUGUUUGUGUGUGUGGACAGAAUGCAUAUUCCUAUCUUCCCCCUAAUCGGCACGGUUAAUGUUAUUUAGCUUGUGUUGUUACAGCUGUGAGGAUUGCGGAGAGAGGAUACUUGGCGGGUGAGUCUACAUCCACACACCUUACAGUAGGCAUGAUCUUUUUGGGGACCGCAGCAUUAUCGCAACACCUACACAGAGAUUCUUCUCAGCCAUAAUUCCAUCCUACGGCUUAAAAGUGGUACUUGAUGAGGUUAGAACUAUUGUACACACUAUUGACAUAAUAGCUAAUGACACUGCAGGUGCUCUUUCAGUUAUUAACCAGGAACUGUAUGUGGUGAGGCAAGUGGCUCUCCAGAACCGUCUUUGCUUGGGCAUGGUCUUGGCUAGCAAGGGUGGGCGCUUGUCUGUUUAUUGGGUAGAAAUGUUGUACAUAAGUGCCCGACACAACCGGUAAUGUCACAGAUUACAUCAGAGAGUAGCCGGGGUGGGCUGUUGUUUGCUAAGAUUGUCCAAUUCAUGAUGCCCCUGCUCCUUCCUGUCAUAUUUACAUGUAUUUACUUGUCUGUCCAACUGGUGUUGUGCGUCAUCAAGAGUUUCACCACCACUACCACUCCCACUGCUAGAUUGGCCCCUGUUAGAGUUUGAGUCCUUCCCCAUGGUCAUCACAAUCCCCUAGUCGAAGCCCCGGUGUGGGGGUGAUUCUAUUUCUUUUGUCUCUUAGAGGGUGAGAUAAUCAUCAGUAACAAAAUCAGUUUUUUACGUUUUUCUUUCAAAGAGCCUGCAUUCUUUUUCUUUUGUUCAGAAUGCUUGAGGAGUAAUGCUGUGUUUGUUUGUUAUCUGGUUUUUUUUUUUAUUUUAUAUUUUUUAAAAUUGUAUUUUUAUUGUUACACAUCAGACUCCUGUUUAUUAUUGUGUGUGUCUACCCCGUGGGAGUAAAGUCAUAGGCCAUACAUUUCUAUAUUGUCCAAAAAAAUAAAUAAAAGUUCAAAAUACCACGCAAAUUGAUAUCCUAAGU